AUGGCCUCCCCUAGCGUUCUCACCUUUGACGCUGAGGGUCGAGCAGUGGACUUUGAGGUCUGGGUAGAUGAUCUGCAGCUUUUCCUGCAGUGCGAUAGGGCAGAUGGCCUCUCCCUGUUUGACCUCACUUCUGGUGCCUCCCCUGCCCCUGCUGCUGAUGCUGACGCCACUGUUUGCUCACAGUGGGCCACGCACGAUGCUGCUGCUCGCCUUGCUGUGCGCCGCCACUUACCGACCACUGAGCGUGCACACUUUAGCCAGUACAAGAGUGCUCAUACCUUUCGGUCGGCACUGCGUCUGCCCCUGGCGGGAGACGCCGAACCGGCAAGGGCAAGGGGGGCAAGGGCGCUGGAGGGGCUGGAGGGGGCGGUGGAGGUGGUAGUGGAGGCAGUGGAGGGAGUGGGGGUGGUGGUGGGAGUGGUGCUGGGGGUGGCGGCGGCGGCGGCACCCGUGGAGGCGGCGGAGGCGGUGGAGGUGGCGGAGGGAGCGGAGGCAGCAGAGGUAGUGGAGGAGGCGGAGGUGGAGGAGGCGGCGGUGGCUGCGGAGGAGGCGGCGGCGGCAGAGGCGGCGGUGGUGGAGCGAGUCGUGACUCUACGCAGAGGAGUGGCGCCGGUGGUGGUCAGCGCCAGCAGCAGCAGCGGAGUGGUGUGA